AUGACAUCCUAUUCUUCAUCACAAAGUACCCCUUAUCAACGGCCUAAGCAUGGCGUUAUCGAAACCACGAGUAGCACAAAGACAGCAAUCCCCAGCGCCCCAAGCGUCAGCGGGGAAUACUUUGGUCCGCCCAAACCGUCUACCUCUGCAGUACAGCGAAGACUCAGAUUCCUGGAUCUCCACAAAUUUAUUGGUAACGCUCUUGGGGUACUGCAAAGCUCCUUUGGAUUCGAUCCGAGCCCACCAUUUGAGCUUUUUAUGGCCAACGGUGAAAUUGCCGAGUACCUUGGGAGAGGGAGAACAUUCUAUGUAUCACGACUUUCUCUCCCCGCGACAAUUGGACUGAAGGAAUCCUGGCCAAGGACACUCUUCGUUCAACCAGCGGUUAGCGCUCCCGGCACGCGCCGGGAUGCUUCUGUCGCGUGUAAGAGACCUAUGAUAGAGUUUGAUAGUUUUGGGAACCCCAAGCAAGGAAAAGUUGAAGAGAGGUUGGAGGCAGUGUUUCUUGAAAUUCGAGUUUUAACUCAUCCGGCUAUUUACCUCCAUAAGAAUGUUGUCGACUUCUUAGGAAUUAGCUGGCAAUGUGAACUCCCUGAGAUUGAGCCUGGGCAAAAAGAAUUUCUACCACCUAAUCGAGUACCUGUGAUACUGCUCGAAUAUGCGAAACACGGGACUCUGGCAGACUUCCUGCAAACAGAUUCAUACGCCUCAAUGACAUUCGACGCGAGAGCCAACUUAUGUCGGGAUAUCGCUGAGGGACUGGCAGUCCUUCACAAAAACAAAAUCGUUCAUGGAGACUUAAAGCCUGACAAUGUCUUGAUCUUUGAGGAUAACGAGAGUGGCAUCAAUCUCACAAAGACACUUGGCCUGCAGCUGAGAGCGAAGCUAGCGGACUUUGGUUUCAGCGUGGGAUAUUCGGCAAACGAAGAAAAAUACACUCUGCCAGGGCGGACAUGGCCAUGGAACGAUCCAGAAUGGGAUGCACCUCGUACCUGGAGUCAAUUAGAGAAGACUGACGUGUUCUCCUAUGGGUUACUUGCUUGGCGGAUUCUUUCGAAAAGGGAUAUUGGGCAAUUGUUCGAUUAUGAUGGAACUGACCCAGACUUGAGGGAGCAAGUCGAAAGGCUGAAGGAUUGGACCUUAAGCUUGAAUGCCUCAAGUUAUUUCAAAGGCAAUAGUCACGCAAUUCAAAUAUUAGCACAGUCUAUUUUUCGGUUUGCGUUGGAGCCCAGUGUAGAUCGGCGGGCCCAGAUGCAGGAUAUCAUCCAAGUCUGGGAUAUAUGGUUGAGCAGCGACGGCCCUUAUGAGUCACACCCAACUUGGACCAAGCUGCAUCCGGAAAUUGACCUCCCAAAGGUUCACGACAAUGUCUCUUUCGAACGUAUUCUUCGUUUAACGAAAGACUUCCCUCUUUCAUAUAAAAGGGAAUUCACGGAGAUAUAUCUCGACAACACUCUUAAUCCGAACGAGAGAUGCCAGACAACUGUUUCCAAAGCAUUCAGCUUAAUGAUGGGAUGGACUACAAAUCAAGACUUCAUCGAAGCAAAGCGCCUCAUCGAUGAAAGCACAUUGAUGGCCCCACAGAUAUCAAUUUUUCAGCCGAUGUUCUUCGAGUGGGAAGAGCCAGGGUGCUUUCUGUCUGCGUCUCACGGGAUCUGCAAAGACUAUGAACAGCAAGUGUUCAUGGGGCUUAUGGCAACUGUGAAGAAUACCAACAGCUAUGAGGCAUUUCGGCAGCUAAUGCGAUACUUCCCAAUGCCAGAAGGAUUCUCAUACAGCCGGCUCCGCAGUAUUGCGUAUAGGAAGCUCAUGUACGGCAUCAAGGAAACUGCGUACCCCGAUGAACUCUUUGAUCUGAAGGAGCUUGACGAGGCAGCCGCUGGCCAAAUGGCAGAUAUUGAAAAUUAUUAUCUAGAAGGAAACGCUUUGGCAUUGGAUCACAGUCCGUUACAUUAUGCGGUUUGCUCUGGCUUUCCCGAGGCUGUUUCUCUGAUGCUACAGUCAGAGGACUUUCAAGAACUCGAGAACGUAGAUGGGCUCGGCUUCACACCACUGCUAUCGGCAUGCAGGCUAGGUUCCUACAAGAUUGCGAAGCUUCUGAUUUGUGCCGGAGCAAACGUCAGAGCGAGAACGGAGCACGGAGAGACUAUACUACACUUUCUUGGCGAGUUUGAGAGCGCAAGUGAGAUGAGCGAGAUUGCAGAGUUGAUUAUGGAGAGAGGUGGGUCAGAGCUGGUGAAUACCAUUUGUAUCAAACGCAGUUUCCCUAAUGAGUACCUGUCUAUUAUGAUUUAUUUGAUUGGUGCUCCACUGAACACUGCUAUUAUGAGGGGAAACCUUCCACUUGUCGAGAUCCUGUUGAAGUAUGGGGCAGAUCCCUGUCAAGGCAUGCCACAACUCAAAGCUCUCUCCGAGUAUGGCCGAGACUCCCGAAUGACCGGAGUAAACAACGGUUCUCCUCUACAUACAGCGGCGGCCUCACAUAGUUGCGAGGUGCUCAAAAUGUUCUGGGACGCCUUUCCUUGGUCUAAGGAAUGGAAGGAAUGGACAAAUGGGCGCUUACUGCAUUUGGCUAUCGAUGGAUUUCCAGAAUUCCAGAAGCAAUACAUCCACGGACCCCUCAGGAGAAAGAUGAUGGUGGAUACCAUCGACCUUCUACUCGAUAGACUUCACCACCUCAAGGCUCCGGUGAGAAUAAAUGGCGGUAUGCCUGUUGUUUUCUUCGCCACGGAACGCGGUACAGCGAGCACUCUCGAGCAUCUAGUGCUACGGACCAAUUCUCUGGAUAUAAACACCUACUUUGACGGGCUAACACCGAUCCAUAUUGCAGUAAGAAGGGGAAUAAAUGAGAUAUUCAACGUACUCAUUAAGUAUGGCGGAAACCCGCAUUUCGGGCCAAUAAAAAAGCCAGUCGCUUCGACUCUCUCUUAUUGUUGCACAUGCCCAGACUCAACAAAGGAGAUGCUGAAGUGUCUCCUUGAGCGCGAGGUCGGUAAGCAAGAUGAUGGACGAUAUCCUGAUACGAUCACACAUGCACUGGCGGCUGGUAAGCUUCAGGAGGCAUCAAUGAUACUGGCCGCGGGAGCAGAUGUAGACGAGCUCACCACGAAAGGGGAAGGAGGCUGGACCACUGUGGGAUUGCUCGUACGAGCCUGUGCAUACAAUUCCAUCGCGCUAAUGAGCUUCUUAAUAGACCAUGAGUUUGCUCUUGGCCGGAGGCCCGCAGGAUUCAUGGCAGUUCCAAGCCUGAGAUGGACGGUGUUACAUGUCAUUGCAUUUACGCCUCUCACAAGCCCAUUCUACGAUCGAACCAUCAUGUCAAACAUUCUCGACUAUAUCCUGAAUAAAUUUGACUCCCCCGAAAACCUGAACGCACAGGACCAUCACGGAUGGACGGCCCUUCACUAUGCUGCCGCACACGCCAACUCCAUAGCCGUGCGAAGGCUUCUAGCGCUGGAUGGGAUAGAUGCAACACUGCGGACGAGCGAUGGGGAGUCAGUAUCUGUGUAUGAGCUUUCCCAGCGACGCGCGGCUAUGGGUAUCCCGGAGGUUGUUCAAUCUGCUGGACCUCGGGCCGAGAGGAUUUACACAAAGGAGAUCGAUGAGAAUAUAGCCUUGCUUGAACCCUUCCGUGAGUGUGAACAAUGGAACGACAGUUGCACUCCGACUGGUUCUUGA